GAUAUUUAAAGGCGUAGCCGGUCAUUACACACUGUUUAAAUAGAGAGGUUGGUGUGGAUGAGUUUACUUAUUUCAGUUUCAGAAUCAAAGCGUGAAGCAGGUUAUAUGUUUGACCUUUUGUUGUGUGGAUUUAGAAGUUGAUUGAUUUUCUCCUUUCUUCUGAUCGAAUUCAGGAACUUUAAUUGGAAUCUCAGAGCGACAAUGUCAACAGCUGGGAAGGUAUGCAGUAUGAGUCAUUUGCAGUGUUUACUCUCUGUGACAUGAAUUUAGAUAUGAUACAUGGAAUUUUGAAAGUAUAUGCUUCUGUUGAUUUGACUCUGCCUGGUUUGACAUGUGGUGUGUGUUUUGGCUUGUUUUUGGGGGUGUUUCAUAGCUAAUUACGAGCUAUUUUUGGCUUUCUUGACAACAUUCAUUCUCAUACAGACUUCCCCCCUCCUCCUUACAGGUGAUAAAGUGUAAGGCAGCUGUUGCGUGGGAGCCUGGGAAGCCCCUGUCUAUUGAAGAUGUGGAAGUGUCCCCUCCAAAAGCCAAUGAAGUCAGAAUUAAGGUCAGCUGCAUAUCACAUGUUUGUGUAUCAUAUGUAAAAGAAUAACAGUGACUACAGACUUGUCCAGACUUAGCCCUGCUGCAGACUUCUAUCAUUGACAGUCUGUCAGCUGGGUUUGUUUAAAAGUUACAUAACUCAUGUAAGCUGUAUCAGGAGAAAGAUGCUGGCAGCACAGACGGCCUUACUUCACCUUUCGUAGUAGGAAACAUCAGACUUCCUCUGUUUGUUUCCUUUUUAACAACUCUAUUGAGACGGAGAAAAAACAUGCACAUAAAAGGACUGAAAGAGAUAGUGCACUCAGAACAACAGAGCCAAUAAGCGCGAUAACAAGACAAUAGUGGAGGCAAGAAGAAAAGAAUGAAAUGAGUAGGCAUCUCUUUUAUUUAGUUAUUUGAGGUGGAAUAUUUGUUUCUAUAAAACCCAACUCUUUUCUACAGAUAGUUUACAUUAAUUUUAGACAAUGUUGUGUUUCUCUAUUAUAGUUUAUGGCUGCAAAAGGAAGUGACUUUGAUAUGUAUUUUAACUUAAAGCUCCUGUGAGAGUCACGUUUGGUGACCCGGCGGACAAAGCAGUCUUUGCUUAACCUAUCCUUUUGUUACUGUUGUAUCAAUGUCAAAAUCAUAAAUCUUGUUGCUGGUGGUCUAGUCUGCUUUUGUGUAUUAAAAAAAGCAUCAAUAUGAAUUUAAACCUGUUUCAAAACUGUAAAAAAAAUCCUCACAGGAUUUAAAUGUUAAAUGUUUUAACCAGCAGAAUCUUAGUUUUCUUAUUUGGGGACAAUCUUCAUCCAGACAGUGCAACAUAAUGUUCAAAGGUGUAAGUUAAAGACAAGUAUUACUUGGCCAUAGCCUGUUUUGGAUGAUUGCCAACAUAACUUGCAUAUCAUGUGGGCGUUGCAAAAAACACCUUGUCUUCUACACCCUCAGAAAAAUCUACAUUAUGGUGCUUGUUUAUCUGUAAAUGUGCAUUUUUUUGCUGGGAUUUUUUUUAGAAAAUCUCCUACAGAAAGAUCCUUGUUCCUUGUGAAUAUAAAUAACCAUCUAAAAACCUCCUCAUGUGUCAACACCCUUCCUGUUUGCACAGGUGUUUGCCACGAGUGUGUGCUACACAGACUGGGAGUACCUGUAUGAGAGUGAAAAAGGGAAGAAGUUUCGACCAUUCCCUUUAGUUCUUGGCCAUGAAGCAGCAGGGAUAGUGGAGAGUGUUGGUUCAGGAGUGACCAAGUUCUCACCAGGUACACUUGAAAGAUCAGAGAACAGAGGCUCAUAUUCAGUUUGGAUUAAUGUCUCCUGACUGGAAAGGCUUAUCUGUUUUUUUUUUUUUCCACCACAGGUGAUCAGGUUAUUCCUCUUUUUCUGCCACAGUGUCAGGAGUGUGAUCGAUGUCGGAGCCCAAAAACAAAUCACUGCAGGAAGAACUGGUGAUCUCAUUACUGUUUUAACACAAACACACCCGACUAAUCUUUUUGGCUUCACUGCUUCCUAACUAUGAAUCUUUCUCCUUUUUGUGACUUUUAGGGAACAUAUGCAAGGUGGUGUGAUGGCUGAUGGCACAAGCAGGAUAAGUUGUCAGGGUCAGCAGAUUUACCAGUUCUUAGGUGUGAGUACUUUCUCCCAGUACACGGUGGUUCCUGACACCUCGCUUACAAAGAUAAGGAAUGAUGCACCGCUGGAAAAAGUGUGUCUGCUGGGCUGUGGUGUGUCCACUGGGUAUGGUGCUGCCAUGAAAACAGGAAAGGUAAGAAACAAAAGCAUGGCAGUCCUGCAUUUGUAGCCAAAACAAAUACUACUACUACUACUCAUCAACUCUGACAUGGACAAGUGAUUUUGUGUGCAAAAUCUACCUGUUGGAAAGGUUAGAGGGAUGCCAGUGCAACAAAUUUACAAAGAUCUAUCUUUAAACUUGACCUUUUUAGAUAUUUGAGCUUAUAAAAUAUAAAUUUAAACUCCAAAAGAUAAACUUUGUACCUUGAAUUCACUUUUUCCUGACUUGCUGCCAGAUGAGGUCAGCUGCAUCAUUCAGGAGUGUGGUUUUUCAUUUACCCCACUAGGUGGCAUUGGAGAGCGUUGAGUGACACCUUUGUGUACACGAUAAAGACUGAUAGCUUCCUAUCCCCCAAUAAAGAAUAUAAAAUAAAGUGGUAAUGUUUGUGGAAAAGACUUGAGCUCUUUAGAAAUAAGAACAAUGUGGAUAAAUUAUAUGAAACUUAUUCUAGAAACUCAGCAAACCGACUGCAGUGAAUGGAGCAGAAACAAAGUUAAACUUUUUUAAGUUAAUUUAAUUUGAAUUUGGUUGAAUUUCCUUCAUUCAGAUUCAUUAAGAACUCCUGCCAUGAAUUAUGGAAAUAAAGGCUGUUGUUUCAGCAGCAGUUUUGAACAGUAAAGGCAGAUAUGUACCCAUGUUAAUGCACAUGAUCUUGUUUUCUUUUGAAGGUCAUGUACAGGGGUCAGCAUCAACUUCAGUCUGUGUUAUGACCAGCCAAAAGUCCUCACAUGAGCCAUUUGUAAGAAAUUAGUAAUGUCAAUUACAUAUAUGCUCAAAAAUGGUCUAAAACGGAAACUAUAGACCAGGUAGAAAAGGAAAAAUAAGUAAGUAAACUUUAUUAAAUAACACUUUUAGUGACAGAGAUCACAAAAUGCUCUAAAGAAAAAAGAGAGAAAGCUAUAAUACGGUGGACCACCACAUCCUCAUAGGGCUGUUUGAAGUUGUCUGUUGCCUGAUUCUUUAACCGUUUACGUCCAGGUUGAAAAAGACUCCACAUGUGCUGUGUUUGGACUCGGUGCCGUCGGCCUGGCUGCUGUCAUGGGCUGUAAGGCUGCCGGAGCGAGGAGGAUCAUUGGGAUUGACAUCAACCCUGACAAGUUCGGGAAAGCCAUGACGCUCGGAGCGACUGAGUGUGUGAACCCCGACGAUCACACAAAGCCUAUCCAGGAGGUGGUGGUGGAGCUGACAAACGGAGGGGUGGACUUCGCUUUGGAGUGUGUUGGCUAUCCAAAAGUCAUGGUUUGUGUCUCUGUCUUAAUCCUACAGUAGUCACACUUUAACCAAACAACAGGUCUGUGAUCCAGUAUGUGUGCACAAUCACAUAUGAAGAAAAUGGUUAAAUGACUGUAACUGUCAUUUGUUUGUUGUUAGAGAGAUGCGCUGGAGUCUACCACAGAGGCGUGGGGCCUGUGUGUCAUUGCUGGUUGGACAGAGGCAGAAACAAUGUGUGUCCCUGUUGAAAAGCUCCUGAUGGGACGCACCUUGACGGGGACUUAUUUUGGAGGUGAAGAAAUACUGGGCCUAUAAAUACAUGCAAAAACAGAGAAUGUUGUCUUUCCAAAGUGCAUAAGUAAAAUAAAAAAUUCAGUGUAUUAUAAUUGAUAUGUAAUGUAUAUUAUCCUCUAUCUAAGGUUGGAAAAGUGUGCAGGAUAUUCCUAAACUGGUGGAUGAGUACAUGAAUCUAAAUUUGAAGCUGGAUGAAUUCAUCACACACAAACUCCCUCUGCGUCAAAUCAAUGACGCCUUUGACCUUCUGAAUUCCGGAGCCAGGUAAGACUUUGAUUUAUAUAUGUUUUUAGGUUCUUCUCAUGAUUAAAAUGACAAGAAAUAACUCAGUUUUUUGUAUAAACUGUUGACAGAAUUGCACUCCAAUGAAGCAACAAUGCCGUUAUGUAGAUAAAAAAAGUAUGAUUCUUAGUUUUGAUUUAUUCAUUUAUUUACACAUAAGGAAAUAUUUAAGAAGAAAAUUUUAGUUACAUAAGAAUAUGAGGAAGAAAUGCCUAAAGAAACCACCAGAGACUUCCAAAAUGGGUUUCUCCAAUUAGAAAGUCAAUAGUCAAAGCUGUGAGUAUAAAAAUUAAUACAUAUUUUAUGUUUGUACCAAUAUAAAACAUAUGAACAAGACAAUAAAAAAAAAUUGCCCAUAGUUUGUAACGAGACUAAGUUAUCUACACAUAGCAAAAAACCUCAUGUAAUCCUGAACAAAGAGAUGAACUGUGAACCAUAGUGAGACAUCACAGUUUAUUUUAAAUGAAAAAAGGUAAUUAACUGCACUCGUACGUCUACUUAAAGCUAAAAUAUAAAGACACUUUUAUUUAUGAGUGUUCAUGCUGAUACUUGUGUGAAUUUCUAACCCCUCUUGUGAGAGUGUUGAACAGAAUUAGCAAAGCCUACUCUGUACUAUAUAUAAACAAGUCAGAUCAAGGUAAUUUCUAUAGCUCAUCUAAAAAACAGUUGAACCAAAGUGCUUUACAAGUCUAAAAACAGACCAUCACAGUCAAAUAUGGGUUAAAAGACAAUAAAUAACGCAACAAGAACAGAUUAAAUAGAGACAAUUGGAUUAAAAAAUCAAUAAAUAAGAUACAUAUAAGUCACUUUACCAAACCCAGUUCUCCAAAUUCACCUACCUGUUUUUCUGUCUUAUGUCAAUUCCAUCCUUAAAUAUUGAAUAUCAUAGAUUGUUUUAUAUUUCAUGUCAACAUAGUCUGUUCUGCUGAAUGCUACUAAAUUACACACAACACGUCAAACCAACUUCAAUAUGUUUUACAAAUGUCAUCCUUUUAUGUGAUUAGUUAUUUAUUUUUAUUAAUGUUUCAGGUCUUUAUCAUGUUUCUCCUUUCUUUUACAGCAUCCGGACUGUGAUCAAUCUUUGGUAGAGUGAGGCUACAACGAUAAAAACCCAAGAAGAUUAUGAUUCAACAAUCUUUGUCUUUGUAUCUUACAUUGUUUACAGCUCUGUGUGUGUCAGCUAUUUUUUAGAGAGCUUUGACAUUAUAAACUUGCUUAUACCUGUCUUUGUAGCAGACGAGCCUUCUGGCCACUAGAUGGCAGUCUUAUGUCAUGUAAAAUCACCUAUGCCGGUGUCUUUGGUUGCCAUCAAACUUCGACUAUUAUGAAGUGAUUGUGGCUUUUCUUGGCAAAAGAUUCUGUAUUUAUCAGGUGCAAAUGUUUGGCAUGUUUUUGGUGCAGCAAAACUUGAUCAGAAGAAAGAAACACCUCAAGAGUUUGAUAUGGAUUUUGUAAAAAAUAAAUGCUGGAAGAAUUCCUUGAAUAUAAAUUAUAUGCAGCCUCAAGUAUCAGUCUGGUUGUGGCGUUAUUGUGAAGACGUAUUUGGAACUGAAUACUCUUGUAUAGAAGACAAAGACAGGAAACAAAUGGCUGAAUCUGUCAUCAGCUGCAGAGAAGUAUCUGCUUCAUGUGGUCAGGCUUACCAAAUUUCGUCCUUGGUAAUAUUAUAUAUUGAUUUAAUACGCAGGGAGCCGUCGAAGAGGGCUAACGUGACAGUUGCGGGCUGUCAGGAGAGAAGACAAAAGAUAGUUUGGGGAAUGCUCCUCGGUUAAGAGCUGAAAUAGCUGCUGGAGGAAUUUGUGUUCCUUAAGUUCCAUCAGAUCAAAUGAAAAUGCUCAGUGGUGUCGUCUGCUUUUCCAUCUUUGUUUAAAAUGGAAAAUAAAUUGAGGCUCUUC